UACACUCCGCGAAAUACGGAAGCUUCAGAGAAGUUAGGAGUUACAUAUUACUCACAGAUCUUAACCUACAGUGACUAUACCGCCACUAUUUUAGGAUAAACCUAAACACCACUUAAAAGAAGCAACGGUGGGGAAAAGGAAGAGAAGCUCCAGUAAUACAGAGUGAACGUGAUACAUUGUAUCAAGCUUGUUCCAACUACCUGGCUACUAAGUCACGAAAUCUAUUGACGUCCGAUCCCACGAGGGCAGAAAGCAGAGUUCAUGUGUGAUAUAUACAGCCUGGAUUCUCAGUGCGUAUCUCCACAAUGCAACAUGAGUUGGGCGAUGGAGCCUACAAACUUCUACGACAAUAAGCUGAGCAACGGUCUCCAGGGGGUCUGCAAACCCGGGAGAGGUGAUCACAGCACGGUCACGGGCGAGGACACCACCAUGGCCGAGCUAAGCACAGCCCCUGCAAUGUACGACGACGAGAGUGCCAUCGACUUCAGCUCCUACAUAGAGUCGAUGACAGCAGUACCACACCUGGAACUCUGCAACGAUGAACUUUUUCUUGACUUAUUCAACACUGUGAAGCAAGAGAAGACAGACUUCUACAUGCCAAACUCGACUACGUCGUCCAGCAAUAUGCAGCAGCUGACAAACUGUUCAACCAACGCAUACGCAGUUGGAAGCCAAAAAGAGUUCGAGAGGAAGCUUAAGGCUGGAUUUGACAGCAAGGGGGUCUUCAGUGCACCGAUCAAGCAGGAAUCGGACUGGAGCGACAAUGACAUGUCCUCGUCGUUACCUUCCCAAAUCAAAACCUGCGCACAGACCUCCGUGAGCCUUCCCAUGGGACAACCAACUCCACCAACAACCCCAGAGCCCCUCUCAGCCCACUCCUCUCCUCGGAAGGUCGGAAAGGAGAAAGGGAAAAAGAAUAUUGACAGGUACAGCCAAGAGUACCGCCAGAGACGUGAGAGGAAUAACGUUGCAGUGAGGAAAAGUAGGGACAAGGCAAAGCAACGCAACGUGGAAAUGCAGCAAAAGAUGCUUGAACUGGGUUCAGAUAAUGACAGAUUACACAAAACUAUCGAUCAGCUAACCAGUGAGCUCACUGGCCUGAGGGAAUUCUUCAAGCAGCUUCCCAAUCACAACUCCUCGUUUGUGGGGACCACGGGUGGAGACAGCCGGUGACCAAUUAAUCUCACUUUCUAAUUAACAACUUUUGAAAUACAUACCUCAACACAGAUUUAUUACCAUCUGUAACAGAUGCAUUAUAAACAAGCUUACAUUUAUGGCACUGGAAAUGUACUGGAAAUGUAGGCCUACUCCCAUAUUGUUGCCAUAGUCUUUUUGGGGGAUUUUUUUUCUAUAUUAAAUUAUUUUACCACUUCAUUUACUUGUUGUUAUACCAGAUAUGGUACAUGUUUUAUAAUUCCAAACUUUGUAAGAGCAAGAGCAUGUUUGAAUUUGUAUAUAGUUUAUAUAAAAUAAAAAAAAACUAGAAAUAUUUGUCUAUAUGGAAUCUCUAAUAAAAGUGCUGAAAAGUCAUACAAAUCAA